AUGGCGGAAAAGAAGUCUUCGAAAACAAAUUUGUUGGAUGAUCUAAAGCAAGACAAGGCAGAAAGCCCUCUCGACUUUCUAUGUAAGUAAUGUAUCUUCUUAGCUAAAUUACUGUAGCUGUGCGGAUUGUGAGAUGCAAAUAGCUUGUUGCUAAGCAAACUCUUGUCACAAAAGCCGCACAAAAUUAGACAAGGGGUAAACAAACCUCACAUGCAGUUGAGUUAAACAACCAUUGGAGUUCUUGCAGAGACAUUCAGUUUAAAGUAAAAGUCUUCUAUAUCUUAUCUUAGAUUCGUCGUCUAGAGGAACCUUAAUGUUAUUCAUUUCUUUAUAGCUCGCACUGGUGUCACAAGUGACAUUAAAGAUGCUAUAACUCUUGUCAUUGAAAACAGACCUGAAGAUCCCAUCUCUUUCCUUGCUGAAUUGUAAGUACUGCUCAGGGUAGUCAAGGGGUGUGGCAUGGGGUGUAUGUUUAGGGGGGAAGGGACAGUUUCCAUCUUUGUACUUCCUGUUUCUGGGGUCCCAAAGUCGUAGAGCGAGUUAGCUGUACCAUAAGAGAGGAGGUAGAUUGUCCACAACCUGUGAUAAUAUAUAAUCUCCGGGGGGGGGGGGGGGGGACCCCCCAACCCUUUUGGUAGCGGGUGUAUUUUUUUAAAGGCAAUUUUAAAAAGGGGGUAUCAUUUUGAGGGGAAUUUUUUUUGAAAGGGGUGCCAAUUUUGGAGCCCCGGCACCCCAAACCCCCCCAAAAAAAACCCAAAGGCCCCCCCCCCCCCUCCCCCCGGGAUAAACUAGGGUGCCAAGCAUAAAACUUUGGGCAAUUCACCCAUUGGCAAAAGCAGGUCACCAGUGGCUACCAUGUGCUUUCAGAGAAUAGCCAGGAAUAGGGUGUUAAUUUUGGGCUUAGGGGUCCUUUGAAAGGGAAUCUGUAAACUGUACAAAUACUGACUCAUAUAUUUUUUUUUCGGCUAUCCUUUAAGUUUUGAUUGCCAUGCAAGUACUACUACAGCAUUAAUGAAAGCACACCAGAAGCUUCUAUUGGCUCACCAUUCAAGACCAUCAUUCCAAAAUAACCUUCUCCUUGCCUACAACAUCCUUCACAAACAGAAAAGUAAGCAUUAUCAUCUAAAUGAUGCUACAAUUACAUGUAAACCUCAAUUAUCUCAAACUCCUUGAUUGUCUGGACUAGUUCUUUUGUCCCAUUUUAAUUUUAUGAAUAUUGGUAAAUCAGCAUGAAGAUCUGAGGAUGUUUUUGUCUGUUCAAGUUUCAGAAAUUACCUUUGAGUUUUUUUCCCCUUUCAAAGGGAGAAAGUAGCACUCACAUGUACUUGUUAUACACGCAACAUUUAUUGGAGACCUGAGGUCAAGUUCUUGGGCCAACUUCCCCAGGCGUGACAAUUGAACAAAUUUUAAUAUUGCUGCCAAUUCUUCAUUGUAAACAUGAAAAGUAAUUCAAAGAUGAUAUCAAUCUUAAAAAUUCCCUUUAAGAGAGUUCAUGUAAAAUUGUAUAGUGAUCAUAAUAUAACUAGAUUUAAAGAGUGUCUGUACAACUGUAUCCUGGCAGAUAGCAAUGGCUUACAUGGACUUACUGGAAAGACAUAUAAUGACCUUUUGACAAUGCUUUGCAGGUAAUUAUUUUAGUUACCGUUUGUAAUUAUGUUUUUAUUAACCCUUUCAAACAAUCUACAAAUUCAACAAGAAUGACAAAUUUUGGUUUAAUCUUAAAAUACUUGAAAAACAAAAAUGUUGUAGUUAAUUUUUUUCCUCAGGUAAUUUUUGUUUUUCUUUUGUUUUUGGGUAUGGUAAUGUAUGUUAAUGAAGUUGAAACAAAAGAAAAAUAAAAAUUACCUGAGAUAAAAAAUUAACUAUAACAAAAACAAGGGGGUCAUGUGAAAGCAGUGAUGGAGAGUGACGUUUCAUUGCAAUGGUCCUUCAUAGUAUUUAAUCCAAAAACUCUGAGUUAAAAACACAGCGUGAUAAACAGUACCUCAGGAAAUUACAUGUACUGCUCAGUAGCUUUCAUUUGAGCGCUGCACCAUACAAUUUCAUUCACAGCUGUGUCAAGAUCUUUCAUCAAAUUCUCCCAACUAUUUUCCUAACAAAAACUGAGAAAUAAAAAUUAACCUUUGCCCUAUAAAUGGCUAAACCUUUGCAUGGCUUGGAUGAUCAUGUAAAGUAGUGAUUGCAUCUCCAGUAGGAGAUAUGAAAAGAGUGUCCCCAGUUAGUACUUUUGUGCUAAAGGGGUCGACACUCAAAUAAAGUGCCUUUUUUUCUGCAGAGACCUGAGUGGAACAGAGGCAGAGCCUCUCCAGAAGCGAAUCCUGUGUUAUAACUAUGAAGUAGUUCGAUUUCCAGUGUUUAAAGUGGGAGUUCUAUCAACUUUUAUAUAUCAAGGUUAGCAUAAAAAAAAUUGUCAAGCUUAUGAAUAGUUGUGCCAAGGGUUGCUUCAUAGUUUAAUUUGAACCUUUGUACAUUGCUUUUCCUUAGUCUCUUAGUUUCCUCAAUUUGAUAAAUUGCCUUCAAUGAUAAAAUAAAAGUAAUGAUGUUAUAGCAGUGGCCUUUGUCAACAGUAUGGCUGUGUGUGAUGAUAUUUCUAAUGACAGAACUUUCUCUCGCAGUUUAAAUAACUGCAUGACAAUUUUAAAGUAGCUCUUUCAGGGCAGGUCUCAGAGUCUCCUACACCACAUUUUUUUUUAAUUAUAUUAUUUUUAUCUUCAAACCUAGUUUGGCAGUAUUGAGUAAUAACUAUUGUUAGUUUUGUUUGCUAAAUUAUGGAGUUUAGAUUUAGAAAGGUUGAAUUUAUCCCAUGGGUAUAGUGCUGGUGCUAGUAGUAUUUAGUUAACUAUUUACAUAGGUUUUUUUCUUAUUUUGAUCGCCAGAUUUUCUCAAGCAAGCUGAGUCACUUUAUAAUGAGCUGGACUUGACUGAUAGAGGUCUGUGGCUGAGAAAAGAUUUUAUUAGAGGGUCCCCAAUGCACCUUACACCUAUCCCGUAGUCAUGGUGACUGUUCGGGUGCCAUGAACCUAGCAAUCCUUUCCUGUGUAUUUGAUUUUGUUUCCAGCCUCUCUUAGGGUAUCACAAACUUCAACCCUGUCCACUCAGAGAUGGUAUUCUCCCAACUCUUCUUUUGUGGGCACCUUCUUCUCCCUCCUUCCACUGUUCCUUGUAAAAUUGUCUUUGCAAGCCCUGCAGAUCUUGCUACAUGGCUAAACAACUUUAACUUGGGUUUCUUCAUGUGGUUAAGAUGUCAUUAUAGGGCCUCAUGGCUUGCCUGAAUCUGUCUCUGACUGCAUGGUGUUUGCUUUCUGUAUGAGAUACCAAGCAGUUUCCUAAAGCAUCUCAUCUCGGUGGCCUGCAAUUUCUUCAGAAAUUAUGUCCAGGUCUGCAGUAGGUUUUCUGAAAUGCAGGACAUGCAUUUUUUGAAGGCUGGGAUUCUAGGUUUUAAGGCAAAAUGGUGGCAUGAUUCGGGAUUGAAAGUAUAUAUGGGAUACAGUACAGUACAGUUAAAAUCCUCCAAAUGGUAAACCUGUUGCUGUAGAGUUGCAUAAUUACACAGUCGACCAGCAAAACCACUCUGAUCUUUGGUAGACCUUUUGGCCUUCUCAAUGGAGACAUUUAAUAAUUUAGCGAUAUGUAUCCAAGGGUCCUGUUUGUAUUGAUGCCUAGACUUUGCAAACAGCAUCUUCUCUGUCAUUAUCACAUUUCUGAGAGAUUCUAGACUCUGAAACUAACCAUCACAAUUACGGAAUGUUCUUUUUCUCUUAUUUUGGGGAAUUUUUUGAUUAUUAGAAAACCCUUAUCUUUGAGUUCUGUUUGGUUAAACAGGCAAAGCUGAUAAACAUCUCUGUGAUGCAAUAUUGAGCGAGUUAAAACAGGCUGCAGUCAAGACCACUGAUGACCCUAUCAGGCAAGGAUACACUGUAAUUUUGUGUAAUUCUGUAAUUUUUACCUCUAUUCUUUAGUAAUGAGAACACAAUAGUCUUGAAGAAAUAUGGGGUGAAUCAAAAGAGAAAAAAAGAAGGAAAUAGAAUCGUUAAAGAAUGUAAAUUAUCCCGUAAUUUGAGAUGUGUUCCUUGCAGUGUUAUCCAAGUUGGCUCCAUGCUUAGUUCACUAAGAUUGAACAAAAUCAUGGCCGAGGUGGGUAAACGCUAACAGUUUUUAUAUUAAAACACUCAGCAGAAAAGAGUGAAGAAAAAAUUGCCAAAAUUCAGCCAGUUCUUGCAAAUUGAUGUGGAGAUAUAAGCACCAUAAGGCUUGAUGACUCCAUACUAAUCCUUCUAAAAUUGGCUUGAAAUGUAACGUUUAGGCCUUUUUAGAAGGGUUACUAGAUAUUAAGGGUGUUUCAAAAUUAUCCCAACAAGAACCCUCGUCAUGUUUAUAGCGGAGAUCCCCCGUGCUCUGAAACACAUUAGGCAGUCAUUAGGCAGUCAACAGGACGGGAACGUCAGUUGACGACGGUAAAGCGCGUGGAAAGGACUAAACACGACUUCCGGUGCCCAAUUUGCCGCUCUGCCAUUGGUCAAGCCAGUUGUUUGAUCUGCGCGCGCCGUCGUCAACUGACGUUCCCGUUCUGUUGCCAAAUCAGCCUUGUUUUGUUUAUUCCAACACAAUAGCCUGUGAUGUAUUGGUCAAUUUCAAAAGAGUCGGUUUUGCAAAUAAAAGACUUCAUGGACAGAAUGUUUACGAGUGUAUUUAAUUUGUUCUUAGGCGUUAGUAAGAAGUGGAGGUAGCAAUCAGACUAUGAGUGUUGAGGAGUUCGUGUUUACAGCGGCCGACAUCUUGUUGGAACAGGUUUGUCACUUC